CCCUGCAGCCAAUAAGGAACCCAGACUUCUCUGCUACAGGACGGGGAAGGAGACGACAAGGGAACCUGAAGGACGGGGCAGAGCAAGAGAGGAGCACAGAGGACAAGCCAACAGCAGAGGAAGUGACAACAAGCAUCCUAUGGACCCCGAACAUGAAGAAUGUAGGGAGAAUAAUGUCCAGCCUGGACGAGCAACACUCCACAGAGGGGAAGGAGAAGACACCGUUGACUUUGGCUUGGCUGGUGACCUGAAAAUAUCCUUGGAUAAAGUAUCAGAAGCCAUUUACAAGAAGUGUGUUGCAAAUUGGCAUAGUCCACCUGAGGAGUUACCAAAUCAGCCGCUGUAUAAAGAGAUUAACUCUGGGAUGCAGAGUGUCUUUUUUAACAUAAAGAGCAGGGCACGCCCCUUGGAAGAAUAUAAAAUAAUGAUAUCUGUGGCUUCUGGUUUCAUUGCUCAUUUUCAAAACAAGAGAAGAAAUAAAGUAACUUACAGAUUUACAACACGUCAAACAGAAGUUGAUUUUCUUAGAAAAAACAUCAAGUGUCUCCUAGACUUUUGGCUGCCAGAACCAAUGCAAAGAUCCCAGCUUAUUUAUGUCUUCGUCGGUGAAAUUCUGUCAGUAAAUGUCUUAGAACCACUUAUCAACAAUUUUUCUGACUUCACAUUUAUAAAUGAAGUAAUAGUGGUGGCCCUGGACGAUCAACCAGACACUCAGCAGAAGGAAGAUUCCGGCAGAUGUGAUGAGAGGAAUCAGGAUAGUAACUGCAGUGACCCAGAGGAAUCUAAUGCAAACAUGGAAAGUGAGAAGACUAUAUCCAGAAAGAAAGAAAAGAAGCGGAUUGGAAAGAAAAUAAAAGGAUUCUUUAAGAGUAUGAGACUUAGAAAACCAGAAGCUGAGAAUGUGUCUGUAUUCCGGUCAUGCACUAAUGUCAUGGAGAGCGAUGCUUUACAUUGCGAUGGUGAUGUUGCAGACAUGGGCUCCUGUGAUGAUAGUGACGAUGGUGAGAUUUCUAUGACAUCAGUUAUUGACACUUCACUUCAGAUGUGGCUACAGAAUAAUUGGACAGCCAAGGUCUCUAAGAAAUCGGAAAAGGAAGAUGAAUAUGAGAUUUCUGUGUAUGAUGAGAGCACACCAGACACCGUACUCUGGAAUACUAAAAGACGUGAUGAAGAUUUUCAAUUUAUAUUCAAGAAAAUACACCAGUCAACUACAGGAGGACAAAGUGAUGCAGACAAACAAUCUUUCCACCCAAUAGACAAGGCUUCAGAUGAGACUAUAAAUAUACUGUUGAACCUGAUUCAAGUACACAAAGACAGAGAAGUUGUGUUUUUCUUCUCCCCCUUCGAGUAUGAAGAUAAUGAUGACAGUGAUGAGGAAGAUCAGUUCAGCACAGAUGAUGAAUCCUCUGGAGACUCUAGUAGGUCUAGUAAUUGUGAAAUUGGAUUUAGAACUUGCAACAUACAAAAUGAAGAGGAAAAAAACAACAAAGUUGCAGAUAAAAACUCUUCAUCCAAUGACCUCCAGGACGCCUCCAUUGUUAGUGCUAAUAGAAAUAAGUCUAAUGAAUUCACCGGAGACUCUUAUGACAAGGAAAGUGAGUCUAAGGAAUGUCAUCAACCAGAUGGCAUUCGUGCACUACGGCGAAGGAAAAAAUAUAAAAAAGGUUCUCCUAAUGAGCCAGAGGACCUGCCGAGCACCAGUGUAGCAAGAGAUGAGCAUUUACCAAGUGGAAAUACAGAUAUGAGAACAGAAUUUCCCAACGUUGGACAGCAACCACCCAAAAUGAUGGAUUCUGACAGCUUGAUUUCACAAAAGACGGCUCAGAAAGGCCUAGAUUUGACUGGCCAGAACAUUGCACAGACCACAGAACAACAGAAGCAGAAACUGCAGGAGACUCUGCUUGAAGUCCUGUAUCAAUUAAUUGAUGAGGUUUUGGCAGGUGGAAGUUCAAGAGUUUGUUUCCUGCACAGGAUGGGCUUUCUGAAGAAUCUGAGUAAAUCUAUACUAAGCAGCAUACCAAACAUAUAUGCAGAGGAACAGAUUAUCUGGUACUUGGAUCAAGUUGCUGAACUUCUAACUUCUGAAAUACGCCCACUAGAGCUGACACCAGAUGCUCUACAGUCUAAGGCACUAGAUCUCCUAAAAAAUAAAGUCCAAGGACUGCUGAAUCCUUUUGUCAAGUUCUUUGUCAAGAAGGAGAUUAUGAAGAAUUUGAAGACAUCCCACCAGGCUCUGAAAGACCCAUUGGCAAACAAAGAGACUAUAUAUGGGCUUCUAGAGGAUCUUACAAAGAUAAUCACUAAUGAGGACAGAAUUUUAAAUCCCUGAAAAAACAUUGAGUGGAAGCAUUCUAUAAAGUUUUCCUGAAGUUAUAACACACUCCUUGGAAUACCUUGUGGACGUCACAGCUGACUAAACAGUUUACAUUUCAUGUUUACAUGCAAUAAUGUGAUAAGGCGUUAUUGUUGAUCAUGGCAAUAAAUGCAAUAUGCCAGCGGGGCACACCUGACUAUUUUGCAGACAUACAGGACAAAGUCUGUUUUAGGGACAGAUACAUAUUUAGUACUAAUUUAUGAGUGUAAAGAAAUAAAACUUUUGUAUUGGCAAAGA